AUUAAGCUGAUUUAGUCAGUGCUUUAGAGGCCACAGAGCAACCUCUAGAUUAGACAGACGAACGACUCGACGACGCUGUACGACGGGACGACAGCCAUAUACGCGAACCGUGCAAAGUGUGUGCAGUGAAGUGAAGUGAAAGAGUUUGCAAGCCUUUUCGAAAGCUUCACACAACCCCUCGCAAGAAGGCAGGGUUAAUGUCAACUCUAUCGGUAUAAAUAAACUAAGAAAGCAUGGGAGUGGCGGAGGAUUUCGCUCCCAGCUUUACUCAAAAGCCUCAGCUUCGACAGGAAGAUGACGGCAACAAACUUAUAUUCGAAUGUCAAUUACUUGCUUUACCGAAACCAGAUAUACAAUGGUAUCGAAGCAACACACUUUUAUCCGAAGACAGCAGAACUGUCUUCAAAAUACAAUCCAUAGGCACCAACAAGUUUCUUGUGGUUCUUGAACUAGACGAUGUUAUCGAAACAGAUGCGGGCCUUUAUAAGGUCAAAGCGAAGAACAAGAUGGGUGAAGUUGCUGCCUCCAUCAAUCUCAACUUCAGCCCUAUGGAUGAACCAAAGGAAAAACAAAUUGACGGUCUCGCACCAACUUUCGCUAAGAAACCGGCCAUAAGACAAGAGGAAGACGGCAAAAGGCUGCUUUUCGAAUGUCGAAUUCAGGCAGAUCCCCGUCCAGUCGUCAGUUGGUUCCACAAUACCACCCCCGUAAAGGAAUCGCCCCGUCAUAAGUUGAGGAUAGACAAAGAUGGUCACUCGUACUUUGCAACCCUUGAAAUUGAAAAUGUCACGGUUGAGGAUGCCGGCAAAUACAAGGUUACUGCAAAGAACGAGUUGGGAGAAAGCAAUGCCACAAUCAGCCUUAACUUUGACAGCGAUGAAGCACCCGUGCCGGAGGAAGGCAUCAAACCAACGUUUACUGAGCGCCCUGUCAUCCGACAGACGGACGAUGGCGCCCAGAUCGUCUUCGAAUGCCGCUGCGUCGGAGAUCCCAAACCAGAAAUUCAAUGGUUUCAUGGCAAAGAAGAGAUCACGCAGAAUAGCCGAUAUACGAUUUCGAUGGAAGUGGACCAGAUUCUGUACUACCUGGCGCGUUUGGAGAUUUCCAAUGUUAAAGCGAUCGAUAGCGGCGAAUACAGAGCAGUGGCUAGGAAUAAGUACGGGGAGGGCAUUGCGACCAUCAACCUGAACUUCGAAAGUACCGAACGACCCAAAAUUCCGGACGGCAAGGCGCCCCGCUUUCCCAAGAAGCCGACUAUUAAGCAGGAGGGCGACGUUCUUAUCAUGGAAUGUCUCCUGGAAGCCAAUCCGGAGCCCGAUAUCACCUGGUUCCAGGGUGAAAAAAAUAUCGCUGACAGCACUCGUGUACGAAUGCUUCGGAAGACAACGAGCAAAGAUACUUUUUUGCUUACUUUAGAAAUUGCCAAUCCUACCCGCGAUGAUGGUGGCAACUAUAGAUGUAACGCGUUUAACCUAUAUGGCGAAAGCAACGCCAAUAUUGCGCUUAACUUCCAAGGUGGAGACAACGCCGCCGGUUUUGCACCCUCUUUCAUCGAGAAACCUAAAAUUAUUCCCAAUGAAAGCGGGACAUUGAUUACUAUGAAAUGCAAAUGCAAAGCGAAACCGAAACCCGAUGUCACGUGGUUCCGUGGAACCACUGUGGUCAAAGAAUCGUCGAAAAUUAAAAUUAAUGUCGUUGAUGUCGAAGAAGAUAUUUACGAAAUUUCUCUCGAAAUAAAGGAUCCGUCAGGACCCGAUGGCGGCACCUACAGGUGUCAUGUUAAAAACGAAUUUGGCGAAAGCAACGCCAACUUAAAUUUGAACAUUGAAGCUGAACCCGAACCCGAAGGUGAUGGACCAACGUUUGUCGAAAAACCAAGAAUAACGUCCCACCAAGGAGGAAAAUUGGUCGUUAUGGAAUGUAAAGUGCGUGCCAAUCCAAAACCAACAAUCAUUUGGUACCGCGAAGGCAAACAAGUGACCGAAACCACCAAAACUAAAAUGACAUACGAGAAAGUCGAGGAAGACGUAUAUAUCAUCAAACUGGAGCUUAAAGAUCCAGGAACUGAGGAUUCUGGCCUCUAUAAAUGCAAUAUCAAAAAUACUUUGGGAGAGCUUAAUGCUAAUCUCACACUUAAUAUUGAAAUCAUACCAGUUAUUAAGGAAAAACCUAAGAUCAUUAAGAUCAUCAAGAAGAAGACAGUCAUUAUUGAAUGCAAAGUUCUCAGCAAGUUUGCACCUGACUGCACUUGGUUCAAGGAAGCUAGCGCUGUCAAAGAAGAUUCUAGACACACCGUUCACGUUGACCAAGUUAAAGAAGGCGAGUUUGCCAUUAAACUUGAAAUUAACGAUGUCAGUAAGACCGACAAAGGUAUGUACAAAUUGGUUGCCAAAAACGAAAAGGGAGAGGCAACCUCGCAGGAAGUCGAAGUUACUGAACUUCCACCUGAUGAAAAACCUAAAGGUGAAAAACCAAAACUUAGCAAGCUCACGAAUGUGACAAUAAUUGAAGGACAAACCGCUGACUUUAUCACAUCUCUUAGAGUGACAGAUAAAACGGUUGUCAUUACUUGGUACAAAAACACGACAAUUAUUAAGGAAUCCAGCGAAUUUAAAAUUACUUUUGAUGGAACGACAACCCAUUUGCGUAUUUCUAAAUCGCAACUAUCCCACGCUGCUACGUACAAAGUCGUUGCCAAAAAUGAAUUUGGCGAAGACGAAUCCUCAGCUGUUUUGACAGUGAAGAAAGAGGAUGAAACGGAUAAAGAUGAAACUGAGGAAGAAUCUGAGGCCGAAAGUGUAGAAAGUAGCAGCGAAGAAAGUAUUCAGGAGGAGAAGGAGGAAAAGAAGGUAGAAAAGAAAGUGGAAAAGAAAGAAGAAAAGAAAGUGGAAGAAAAGAAAGUCGAGGUUAAAGCCAAACUCGAUGAAAAAAAGAAGGAGGAAGAAAAGAAAGUCAAUGAUGUGGCUAAGAAAACAGUCGAAAAGAAAGAGGAAACCAAAACUACUGAAAAGAAAGCUGAAAGACGCACCUCAGUAUCUAAGACGGAAACUAAAACCGAAUCCCGUAGAAGUUCUGUUGUUAAAACUGAGGAAAAGAUUACACAGGAUGGUGAAUCUAAAAGCGCUAGCCGCAGAUCUUCCGUUUCUAGAGAAGAAGAAACUAAAUCAGAAUCUAGGCGUUCUUCUCUUGUAGAAGAAAAGAAAAAGAAGGUGCUAAGUACCAAAUUGGAGUCUACGCCAGAAGUGAAAUCACCAACAACUCCCACUAAUAACAUUGAGGAUUCAUUCACCAAAAAAUCCACUCUUACUCCAAAAGAACCUGAGAAAAAGGUGGCGAGUAAGACAAUAUCAAAAACACCAUCUAAGGAAACCUCACCAACACCAACUAGUAGAUCAGUUUCAAAACCUGGUUCUACGGUUCCAUCCAAGGAACCAUCACCGACACGUUCAGUAACCAAAUCAUUAGAUUCAAAGUCGGCCUCUAAAGAACCUACACCUGCACCUGCUAGUAGACCAUGGUCUAGACCUGGUUCUACAGCAGCAUCAAAAGAACCAUCACCAACACGUUCAGUACCAAAAACAUUAGACACAAAACCUGCGUCUAAAGAACCAACCCCGGCACCCGCCAGUAGGCCAUGGUCCCGACCAGGCUCUACUGCGGCUUCCAAAGAACCUUCACCAACACGUUCAGUACCAAAAACACUAGAUUCAAAACCGGUGUCCAAAGAACCCUCACCUGCACCCGCUAGCAAAGUAACUGAACCAAAAACAAUUCUUAAAACACCCACUAUGUCUAAGGAACCAUCACCAGCGCCUACACCAAAAACGGCAAACACUUUGGCAGCCGAAAAAAGGCCUUCACUCAAAACACCUGAACUCAUUGUACCCGAGGAAAAACCAAGUCCACUUAAGAAGGAAGCCACAACUGUUAAAAAAAGGAUACCUCCUCCUAAGCUUGAAACAAAAUCGGGUUCCUUUAUGAAUAUUCAAUUAAAACCAGUUAGUAAAGAAGCAAAACAAUCCGAACAAGCAAAACUUGAGGUCGAUCUAAAGAAAACUGGAGUUGAAAAAGAAAAGGUAGCCUUGAAAAAGGGUACCAAAAAAGCUGAUAAAGCUGAGCUUAAUGCCUGGGAAAAUAUACCAGAUUACGAAAGACCUGUGCUUGAAAAAUACGAGGCAAAUGCGCCACCGGAAUAUGCUGGAAGGGAGAGGACCAAAUUAACCAAGGAGGUGCCUACCAUUCAGAAGCCAGAGAAGAGUCUUCCGCAAAUUAAGACUCCCGAAGCUCCUAAAAUCGAGGUAGUUAGGGAAAAGACACCGACUCCAGAAGUGAGGAAAAAGUCACUCGAGCCUGGAUCUGGUCCAGGAAGCAGGCGUGGAUCCCUUAUUCCCCCAGAGGCUAUGGGCCGUCGUGCCAGUUUGAUAAUCACUGAUGAGGAUCAUAGGAAACUAAGGCCCGGGGAGGUGCUGGACGACAAAAAGGGUGGAAAGUUACGUCCAGGGGAGGUCUUGGAUCCAAAGCGUCGCAGACCAAGUUCAGACGUAAGGAGACCAAGUCUUGCAGACAUGGAAGAUUUGAUCAACAAACCAUCGACUCCAUUGAAACCAACAGGACCUGCUGGAACUCCACCAUCAAUUGUUGAUGUGCAGGAGAAUUAUUCCGCCGUUGAAGAUCAAACAGGAUACAUUACUGUUCAAGUAGAAGGCAACCCAGCGCCUAAAUUCAAGUUCUACAAGGGUGUGACUGAACUCAUCGAAGGAGGUCGCUUUAAGUUCCUCACCGAUGGUGAUCUUAACCUCAUCACCUUGUGUAUCCGCAAAUGUAAGCCCAACGAUGAAGGGCAGUACAAAGUGGUCGUCUCCAACAUCCAUGGAGAAGAUUCCGCUGAAGUCAUGCUUUACGUAGCUGGUUCCGGAGGUGUCGACUUCAGAUCCAUGCUUAUGAAGAGGAAGUAUGCCAAGUGGGACAAGGAUAAGGGAGAUCCAGAUUGGGGCGACUUGAAGGAGGUUGAGAAGCCUAUGCCUGCACUUAAGAAAGUGGAAAAGAAACAAGAAUCUUUCUUAAAACCGCUUGUUGAUCAAUUCGCAAAGGAAGGAAAAGACAAAAAAGUUGUAUUUGAAUGUUGUUUCACCAAACCAAAUUGCAAGCCGAAAUGGUCGUUCCGCAAAGAUGAACUCUUCCAAGGAGCCAAAUACAAGUUUAAGAAUGAAAACGACACCUAUCAACUUAUUAUUUCUAAUCCAAAAGUUGAAGAUACUGGCAAGUACACCAUCGAAAUCGGAGGUGUUUCCAGCACUGGUUUCCUGCAAGUAGACGAGCCAGAUCCAUCAUACACCUUCACCAAACCAUUGAAGAAGAAGUACGAUGGCUACACCAAACACGAAGUCGAACUUGAAUGUACGGUCAGCAGUAGCUUAGCUAUUGUUGGUUGGUACCAUGGCGAAACAAAACUUGAAGAUGGUGAAAAAUAUGGUAUCUCCAAGGACAUCAAUGGAGUAUGUCGCCUGACGAUUAAGUCAGCUGAAUUUGAAGAUGCCGGAGAUUACAUGUGCAAACUUAACAAACAAACCGAGAAAACAGUCACAAAAUUAGGCAUCACCGAUUACCCAUACAAGUUUGUUAAGGUGCUCAAGCAUCAACAACAUGUUGAAAAGGAAAACAUCACUUUUGUUUGCGAACUUAAUGACGCCGGUGGCGAUGUUAAAUGGUUCAAAGGUGACCAAGAAAUCAAACCCGACAAAAGAUUGGUGGUUAGCAAAGAUGGCAGAAAACGCAAACUUGUCAUUAAAGAUGCCAAAGUCACUGACGCUGGCAUGUACAGGUGUACCUCUAACGCUGACCAGACCGAAGCAGAACUUGUUGUUAAUUACUUGAACAGAUUCAACAAGAAACUAAAGGAUACAGUUGCAGUUGAAAGAGAGAAGGUUGUCCUUGAAAUUGAACUUCAAGAUCAAACCGCUCCAGCAGAAUGGACUUUCAAUGGUAAGAAAAUCGAACCAUCUGAGAGAAUUGAAAUCAAGAAUCUUGGAGGAGGUAAACAUCAACUUAUUUUCAACAAACUGGAUAUGACCGAUGAUGGUGAGAUCAAAUGCGAGUCUGGAAAAUUGGAAUCAACUAUGAAAUUGUCAGUCAAAAAGGGUGAAAGUAUUCCUAAGAUUGACUUCCCAGAUACAUAUGAGGCUCCUAUUAGCAGGCCAGUCAAUAUUACAGUACCUUACAAAAUUGAAGGUACUAGACAAACACCUUUGGAAGCUAAAAUUAUUAAGGACGGUAAAGUACUUCCUCUUAAGGAUGUUGACGUUGUCAUUCAAGAUGACAAAGUGGUAUUCAAAUUCAAAAAACCAGCAAGGGAGUUAUCUGGACCGUACCAAAUCAAAUUGUCCAACGGUCAAGGUGAAGAUGUUAAGGACGUUAACAUCACAAUGCAAGAUGUACCUUCACCUCCACUUGAUGUUGAGGUGAAUGAAGUGUUCCAAACUAAUUGCAAAGUAUCAUGGAAACCACCUACGGAUGAUGGUGGUGCUCCACUCCAACAUUACGUUGUUGAAAGACAAGAUCUUAGUCUUAAAGCUGGUUGGGACAAUGUUGGUCAAGUAAAGGCAGGCGAGCCAUGCAUGCUUAAAGUUGACGGACUUGUACCUAAAAAGGAAUACAAAUUUAGAAUCAGGGCCGUUAACAAGCUUGGACCCAGUGAAGCAGCUACGUUUGGUAAGCCAGUAUUGGCUAAAGAUCCAUGGGAUGAACCAAGUAAACCAAACAACGUACAAGUGGUUGAUUGGGACGUAGAUCACGCUGAUCUCACUUGGCUGCCGCCAGAUAGCGACGGUGGUGCGCCAAUUACUGGAUACGUCAUUGAAUACAAAGAAAAGUUCGCCAAGGAUUGGUCUAAAGGCAUUGAAGUACCUGCAGAUCAACUUAAAGGCACAUGUCCCAGACUAAAGGAAAACAGCACAUAUGAAUUCAGGGUUCGUGCUAUCAACAAAGCCGGUCCAGGUGAACCGAGCGACUCCACCAAACCUAUUAUUGCUAAAUGUAGAUUCGUUAAACCAUACAUCAUUGGUAACGAUCUUAUUCAGAUUAUUGUUAAGAAGGGACAAGUCGUUAAAUAUGAUAUUAAAUACGGCGGUGAACCCGAGCCAGAAGUUCAAUGGUUCCUGGGCCAAAAGGAAAUAAAACAAGACAUCGAAGAAAGAGUUACACUCGACAAAUACGACAGAAAUACUAUUAUUACUGUUCGUAGAGUUACCAGGGCUGACAGCGGUAAGUACCGCCUUGUCCUUACCAACAGCUCUGGUACCUGCGAAGGAGUCGGCGAUGUAAUCGUUCUUGACAAACCAACACCACCAAAGGCAAUGAAGGUGGACGAAAUCCGUGCCACUCAUGUCACAAUCAAGUGGCAAAAACCAGAAGAUCUUGGUGGCACCGAACUUACCGGAUAUGUUCUUGAAAAAAUGGACAUGGACACUGGAAGAUGGAUUCCAGCCGGUGAAGUUGGCCCAGAAGACAAUAACUUCACAUUCAAGAACUUAACACCCAAAAAGAAGUACAAGUUUAGAGUACGCGCUAAAAACAAGGAGGGUGAAUCUGAACCUCUUGAGACAACUGACGCCAUUGUGGCUAAGAAUCCUUACGACGAACCUGGCGCGCCAAGCAAGCCAGUCAUUGACGAUUAUGACAACAAAAGCGUCACACUUAAAUGGGAGAAACCAGAAAAUGACGGUGGACGUCCUAUCACUCACUACACCAUUGAAAUGAAGGACAAAUUUUCGCCCGACUGGACUGAAGUGCUUAAAACCGAAGGUCCAGAACCCGCAGGAAAGGUAGAAGGUCUUAAAGAAAACAUGAUUUAUCAAUUCCGCGUUCGUGCACACAAUAAAGCUGGACCUAGUAGUCCAUCGGAACCUACCGAUAACCACCUCUGCAAACACAGGAACUUGAAACCACGUAUUGACAGGGAAACGUUUAAAUCUGUUACAAUCAAGGCCGGUCGUACACACAAAUGGUCUGUUGACAUUAGCGGUGAACCGCCACCGACCAUCAAAUGGGUAUGGAGGGAUAACAUUCCUUUAACUAACACAGAACGCAUCAACAUCGAGAACGUCGACUACCACACAACAUUUACGAUCACAAACUGUGUGCGUAAAGACACAGGACGGUACACCUUGAUUGCUGAAAACGUCAACGGUAAAGAUACCGAGACUGUGGAGUUAACUGUUCUUAGUAAGCCAGGAUCCCCGACUGGGCCUCUUACUGUUUCUGAUGUCACUGCCACUAAAGCCAAGGUUGGCUUUAAGAAACCCGAAGACGAUGGCGGAAGCCCGAUUAAAGAAUACGAAAUUGAAAAGAUGGACACUGCUACUGGUAAAUGGGUACGUGUAGGACGUGUACCUGGAGACAAAAUUGGUCCUGACGGUAAAGGAGAAUUCGAAGUUACCGGAUUGAUUCCCGGUAACGAAUACAAGUUCAGAGUAACAGCCGUUAACAACGAGGGCGAUUCCGAACCUCUUGUAUCCGAAAAGCCAGUCCUUGCUAAAGAUCCAUUUGAUGCUGCUGGUAAGCCUGGCACUCCAGAAAUCACUGACUACGACAAUAAGGGAGUUAACCUUAAAUGGACACCGCCCAAAAGCGACGGUGGUGCGCCAAUCGAAAAAUAUAUUAUCGAAAAGAAAGACAAAUUUAAGCCCGACUGGGAAAAAGCUACAGAAGUACCUGGAGAUCAUUUGGAGGCUCGCGUAGAGGACCUAAAGGAACGCGGCGAAUAUCAGUUCCGUGUAAUUGCUGUUAAUAAAGCAGGUCCUGGUGUACCUUCCGAUGCAUCUCAAAUGCAAAUUAUUAAACAUAGAUCACUUAAACCCAGGAUUGACAGAACCAACCUUAAACCAAUCACGGUUCGCGCCGGUAAACCAAUUAAAUACGACGUUGAUGUUAGAGGUGAACCUCCACCAACUUGCACUUGGUUCCAUGUUGAAACAGAAGUCAAAUCUGAAGGCAACAUUGAAAUUAUCAAUGUUGAUUACAAUACCAAAAUUACUAUUAAUAACUCAGUUCGUAAAAACACUGGUAUUUACAAGAUCAAGGCCGUUAACGAGCACGGUUUUGAUGAAGCUGAAGUUGAAGUAACUGUGCUUUCAUCACCAAGUAAACCUAAAGGUCCACUCAAGGUUACCGAUGUAACUAAAGGCGGAUGCAAACUUAAAUGGCAAAAACCUGAAGACGACGGUGGAAAACCUGUUACUGGUUAUGUAGUUGAAAAACUGGACAAAUCCACUGGCCGCUGGGUACCAGUUGGUAGAACUGGACCAAAUGACACCGAAAUGGACGUCAAAGGUUUACAAGAAGGUCAUGAAUACGAUUUUAGAGUAAAAGCUGUAAAUGAUGAAGGAGAAUCUGAACCAUUGGAAAGCGAAGGCUCUAUCAUUGCUAAGAACCCAUACGAUAUACCCGGUAAACCUGGUACACCAGAAAUUACUGAUUGGGAUUCUGAUCGCGUCGACCUUAAAUGGACUGCACCAAAGAGUACCGGAGGUGCUCCUAUUACUGGUUACGUUAUUGAGAAAAAAGAGAAAUUCUCCACCAGCUGGGACGAAAUACUUACCACUGACAGUCCCGACUGCGACGCCCGUGUUCCUGGUCUUAAGGAAGGAAAUACAUACCAGUUUCGCGUUCGCGCUGUUAACAAAGCUGGUCCUGGUGAACCAUCCGAUGCCACUGGACAACAUGUUGCUAAACCUAGACACAUGCGUCCACUCAUCAACCGUGAGAAGUUGCACACUAUUAAAGUGCGUGCAGGACAAAUCGUCAAAUACGACGUUGAUGUCAAGGGUGAACCACCACCGACUAUUACCUGGAGCUUUGCUCACAAGGUAUUGGAAAACGGUCCCAACACAAAAAUUGAAAACGAGGACUACAAUACCAAACUUACUCUCACCAAUACCUCCAGAAAAGAUACUGGAACUUACACCAUCAGAGCCGAAAACGAAUCAGGCUUUGAUGAGGCUCCUGUUGAGGUUAUUAUUUUAGAUAAACCAGGUAAACCUGAAGGACCUCUGGAGAUCAGCGACGUUCACAAAGAAGGUUGCAAGGUUAAAUGGAACAAACCUAAAGAUGAUGGUGGUCUUCCAAUCACUGGAUACUCUAUCGAAAAACAAGAUCCAACAACUGGCAGAUGGGUACCAGCUGGUUUUGUCGAUGCGGACAAACUUGAUGCAGAAAUAACAGGCUUAGAACCCAACAAGAAAUAUAACUUUAGAGUUAAAGCUGUCAAUGAAGAAGGCGAAUCAGAACCACUUGAAUCAGAUGGUUCCGUUCUUGCCAAAAAUCCAUACGACGUGUCUGCACCACCCGGUCUUCCAGAAAUCGUUGACUGGGAUGAACACUCUGUUAAACUUAAGUGGGACAAACCAGUACGCGAUGGCGGAGCACCAAUUACUGGAUACGUUAUUGAAGCCAUGGACAAAUUUGGUGGACAAUUUGUUAAGGUCGCCGAAGUUGGACCACAAUGCACUGGUACUGUACCGAAACUUGAAGAAGGAAAUCAGUACAAGUUCCGCGUACGUGCUUUAAAUAAGGCAGGCCAAAGUGAACCUUCUGAACAAACCAACUGGCAUACAGCCAAGGCCAGGUUCCUGAAACCUUUGAUUGAUAGGACCAAUCUUAAGCCAUUAAGUAUUAAGGCUGGUCUUUCUAUCAGCUUAGAUGUUAAUGUUGCUGGUGAACCUGCACCAACUAUUCAAUGGUUCUGCAACGGCAAAGAAUUGAAAACCGAUGAUAUUAUGCGCAUAGAUAAUAUCGAUUACAACACCAAAUUCUUUGUUCUACGCGCUACCAGAGAACAAUCUGGUAAAUACACAAUCGUAGCCAAGAAUGAAGUCGGUGAAGAUACCGCCGAUAUUGAAAUUUCCGUUCUUGGAAAACCAUCCGCACCAAAAGGACCAUUGGAAGUAUCCGAUGUUACUAAACACGGUUGCAAACUCAAAUGGAAGAAACCAGAAGAUGAUGGUGGCAGUCCAGUUGAUCACUAUGAAAUUGAAAAACUUGAUCCACUUACUGGACAAUGGAUCCCAUGUGGCAGAAGCAAUGAACCAGAAGCUAAUAUCACUGGUCUGCAAGAAGGCAAACCUUAUAAAUUUAGGGUCAAAGCCGUAAACAAGGAAGGAGAAUCCGAACCAUUAGAAACUGAAAAAUCUAUUAUUGCUAAAAAUCCAUUCGAUGAACCAAGCAAACCAGGUCGUCCAGAACCCAAAAACUGGGACAAAGACUUUGUCGAACUUGCCUGGGCACCACCAAAAAGCGAUGGAGGUGCUCCUAUUGAAAAAUAUAUCAUUCAAAUGCACGACAAAGCGGGUCGCGGAUGGGUUGAUGCCGCUACAGUGCCCGGUGAUAAAACCAAUGGCAGAGUUGAUUCAGUUGACGAGGGACAUGAGUACGAAUUCCGUAUUGUCGCUGUUAACAAGGCUGGUCCUAGUGAACCUAGUGAUCCAUCUAAGCCUGUCAUUGCUAAACCAAGAUUCUUGGCACCAAAGAUUGAUCGAAGGAACUUGGAUAAGAAAGUAUUACGUACUGGUCAACUUCUUCGCCUUGAAGCUGACGUUAAGGGUGAACCAGCUCCAACUGUAACAUGGACCCUUAAAGAACAAACUCUCAGAAACACCGACAGAAUUAAGAUUGAAAACGAAGAUUACCAUACUUCCUUUGUUAUGCAAAAGGUACAACGCAGUGAUACUGGUAUGUACGUUGUUACAGCUAGAAAUGACUCCGGUGUUGACACCGUGGAAGUCGAACUUCAAGUAAUCAGCAAACCAUCCAAACCAAAGGGUCCACUCAAAGUAUCCGAUGUUACCGCUGACGGGUGCAAACUUAAAUGGGAAGCACCAGAAGAUGAUGGUGGUGAACCAAUUAAAGAAUACGUUGUUGAACGUAUGGAUGUAGAAACAGGCAGAUGGGUGCCAGUUACAACAACCAAGACACCUGAAGCCGAUGUUUCUGGUUUAACUGAAGGAAAAGACUACCAAUUCAGAGUAAAGGCCGUUAAUUCAGAAGGUGAAUCCGAACCUUUGGUAACAGAUGUGCCAACAACCGCCAAGAAUCCUUACACUCAACCAGAUAGUCCUGGAAAGCCGGAAGUUAAGGACUGGUCUAAGAACCACGCCGAUCUUAAAUGGGCUCCACCCAAAAAUGAUGGUGGUGCUCCAAUCGAAAAAUACAUAAUUGAAAAGAAAGAUCCUAUAACUGGAAAAUGGCAAAAGGCCCUUGAAGUACCAGGAAACAAAGCUGAGGCUAGAAUACCUGAUUUACAAGAAGGACAACCUUAUCAAUUUAGGGUAAAGGCUGUUAACAAGGGUGGAGAAAGUAAACCAUCACAAGCAUCAGAACAAAUUAUUGCCAAGGAUAGAUUUGUUCCUCCAAAGAUUGACAGAAGCAACCUUAGAGACAUCACUGUCAAGGCUGGACAACAUAUACGCCUUGAUGUUAAAGUUUCCGGUGAACCACCACCAACCAAACAAUGGUACCUUAACAAAGCUCGCAUUGAAGAUCGCGACGAUAUUAACGUAGACUUGGAAGAUUACAGAACAAAAUUCGUAAUUCCAAUUGCUAAACGUGAACAUACUGGUACUCUAGUACUAAAAGCUGAGAAUAGCUCUGGCAAAGAUGAAGCUAGCAUCGAAAUUAAGGUUUUGGAUAAACCAUCUAAACCGGAAGGUCCGCUUAGAAUAAGCGAUGUGCACAAGGAAGGUUGUACACUUAAAUGGAAGCCACCAAUUGACGACGGUGGUGUACCACUUGAUUACUACCAAGUUGAAAAACUCGACACUGCCACAGGCCGCUGGGUACCAGCUGGUCGUGCCAAGGAACCAAAGAUUGACCUUAACAACCUAGAACCUGGCCAAGAAUACAAAUUCCGUGUUUCUGCAGUUAACGCCGAAGGCGAAUCAGAACCACUCGAAGCCGAACAAAGCAUUAUUGCUAAGAAUCCAUUCGAUGAACCUGGUGCUCCUGGUACUCCAGAAGUUACCGAUUGGGACAAGAAUCAUGUCGACCUAAGAUGGACUCCACCAACAAAUGAUGGUGGAUCUCCAAUCACUGGUUACAUUAUUGAAAAAAGGGAGAAGGGAUCUCCCAAAUGGAUUAAGGCAGGUGAAACUGGACCUUAUGACACUAAAGGUACCGUUGACAACUUGGACGAAGGAGGCGAAUAUGAAUUUAGGGUACGUGCUGUUAACUUAGCUGGCCCUGGUGAGCCAAGCCAAACCUCGAAAUCUGUAAUAUGCAAACCAAGGAAAUUGGCACCUAAGAUUGAUCGCCGCAACCUUUACAAUAUCACCGUUAAAGAAGGUGAACCAAUUUACAUCGACGUCAAGGUCACUGGCGAACCUGCUCCAGAUGUAUCAUGGUACCAAGAAGGCAAAACAUUAAUUCCCACUUCACAUAGGCGUAUUGAUAACAUUCCAUAUAACUCCAAGUUCUUCAACGACAAACCCGAAAGAAAGGACAGUGGAGUUUACAAGAUUCAAGCUGUUAAUAAAUACGGCCAAGAUAGCGCUGAAAUAGAAAUCACCGUUGUUUCUAAACCAGGACAACCAGAAGGUCCAUUGGAAGUGUCCGAUAUCCAUAAAGAUGGAUGCACACUUAAAUGGAAGAGACCUAAGGAUGAUGGUGGUGAGCCAAUUGAAAACUACGUUGUUGAAAAGUUCGAUCCAGAAACAGGAAUUUGGUUGCCAGUUGGCAAGACAAGUGGAUCUAUUCCAGAAAUGAAAGUCGAUGGUCUUACACCUGGCCACGAAUACAAAUUCAGAGUUAAAGCUGUUAAUAAGGAGGGUGAAUCUGAACCUCUUGAAACUGCUGGACUUAUUACUGCCAAAGAUCCAUUUACCACUGCAAACAGGCCUGGCACUCCAGAACCGACCGAUUGGAGCGCAAACCACGUCGACCUUAAAUGGACUGAACCCAUUUCAGAUGGUGGUUCUCCAAUUACUGGUUACAUAAUUGAAAUGAAAGACAAAUACAGCCCAUUGUGGGAAAAGGCACUUGAGACAACUAGCCCGACACCUUCCGCUGCUAUCCAUGGUUUGAUAGAAGGCAAUGAAUACCAAUUUAGAGUAAUUGCUGUAAACAAAGCUGGCCAAAGUGCACCUUCUGAUGCCAGCAAAUCAUUCACAGCUAAACCAAGAUUCUUGGCACCAAAGAUUGAUAGACGUCACUUGCACGAUGUUACUUUAUCUGCUGGUUCAGCAUUGAAAUUCGAUGCUAACAUCAUCGGUGAACCUGCACCAACUGUAGAAUGGCGUUACAAUGGCGGUUCCAUUAAGGACAACCGCAUUCAAAUCGACAAUGUCGAUUAUAACACCAAAUUGGUCAUUCGUCCUGUUAAACGUGACGAUUCUGGCCAAUAUACCGUAACUGCCACAAACAGCUCCGGCAAAGAUACACACACCAUCAAUGUUACUGUCACUGAUAAGCCCACACCACCUGAAGGACCAUUGGCUGUAUCUGAUGUUAACAAAAAUGGAUGCAAACUUAAAUGGAAAAGACCAAAGGAUGACGGUGGCACUCCUAUUGAGUACUACCAAGUCGACAAGAUGGAUCCAGAAACUGGGUGCUGGGUACCAUGCGGAAGAGCUAAUGAGCCAAACUUUGAAGUUACUGGUUUGACACCAGGACACGAAUAUAAAUUCAGAGUAGCGGCUGUAAAUGCUGAAGGUGAAUCUAAACCACUUGAAGCUGACCAAAGCAUUAUUGCUAAGAAUCCAUUCGAUGAACCUGGAGCACCAGGCCAUCUUAAGGCUACCGAUUGGGACAAAGACCACGUUGAUUUGGCUUGGUCACCACCUAAAGAAGAUGGUGGAUCACCAAUCACUGGUUACAUCAUUGAAAAGAAGGACAAAUUUGGCGACUGGGAAAAGGCUCUUGAAGUUCCAGUUGAUCAGCUUAAAGCUACAGUGCCUGAUUUAAUUGAAGGACAACCCUACCAAUUCCGCGUACGUGCUGUUAAUGCAGCCGGACCAGGAGAUCCAAGCAAUGAAACACCAACCAUUAUUGCCAAGUCCAGAAACACUGCUCCUAAGAUUGACCGCAGCAACCUUAUUGAAAUCCGUAUUAAGGCUGGACAACCUUUCCAUUACGAAUGUAAGGUAACUGGUGAACCUAUGCCAACAACUAAAUGGUUGUUGAAAGGAAAGGAAAUUAAAUCAUCUGAAGGUACUAAGGUCACUCACAGUGACUACAAUACCAAACUUGCAGUUCGUAAUGCUUCCCGUGCUGAUUCUGGAACUUACACAGUAACUGCCGAAAAUGCCAAUGGAAAAGACAUCGCCGAAGUUGAAGUAACAGUAUUAGACGUGCCCAGUCCACCAGGUGGACCACUUAAGGUAUCCGAUGUACACGCUAAUGGAUGCAAACUUAGCUGGAGACCACCAGCAGAUGAUGGUGGCAAUCCAGUUGAAUGCUACGUCGUUGAGAAAAUGGACGAAGCUAGUGGUCGCUGGGUUCCAGCUGGUGAGACCAUUGGACCUGAAACUAGCUUAAAUGUCGAUGGCCUUACACCUGGUCAUAAAUACAAAUUUAGAGUUCGCGCUCAAAAUAGACAAGGCAAAUCUGAGCCACUUACCACAGCUCAAGCAAUUGAAGCCAAAAAUCCAUUUGAUGAACCUGGAAAGACAAGUGCUCCAGAAAUUACAGAUUACGAUUCUGAAUUUGUUGAACUUAAAUGGGACAAACCAGAAUCCGAUGGCGGCUCUCCAAUCACGGGAUACAUCAUUGAGAAGAGAGACAAAUACAAUCCCAACUGGGAGAAAUGUGCCGAAACUAUCGGAGAUGUACCCAAGGGAAAAGUUAAGGAUCUUAUUGAAGGAACACCAUACGAAUUCCGUAUUCGUGCGGUAAACAAAGCCGGACCUGGUGAACCAAGUGAUGCAUCCGCGAUUCAUGUUGCUAGACCUAAGAACCUUCCACCUAAAAUCGACAGAAACCACUUCCGUGACCUUAAAGUCAAGGCCGGAGCUACAAUUGAAUUUAACGUACCAAUUAUUGGUGAACCACCACCAUCAAAGGAAUGGAAACACAAGGAAGACAUUCUUUUCGCCGGCGAACGUUGCAAAAUCACCAAUGAAGAUUACAAGACUCACGUUAAGAUUACUGAUGCUAAACGUAGCGACAGCGGUCCUUACACUCUUACUGUUAAGAACUCCAACGGCAGAGAUACCCACACUGUUAAGGUGACAGUUCUUGACAUACCAUCACCACCAGAAGGGCCACUUAAGACAGAUAACGUAACCAAGAACUCGUUGACGCUCCAAUGGAAACCACCCAAAGAUGAUGGUGGUUCUGAAAUCACUCACUACUCUGUUGAAAAAUUAGACACAGAAAAUAUGAGAUGGGUACCAGUUGGUGACGCUAUUGGUACGAAUAUGCGCGUUGAUCAUUUGUCUGAAGGUCACGACUAUCAAUUCCGCGUUCGUGCUUGCAACAAACAAGGAGAUUCCGUACCUCUUUGCACUACCGAAGCUAUUACGGCUAAGGAUCCAUUUACUAGACCAGAUAAACCAAGCGCACCUGUACCGACCGAUUGGGACAAGGAUCAUGUUGAUCUUGAAUGGACCCCACCGAAGAGAGAUGGUGGUGCUCCAAUCGAAAAAUAUAUUAUCGAAAAGAGACCAAGACACGGUAUUUGGGAAAAGGCAUGUGAAGUUCCUGGAGACAAGACUAAAGGAACUGUACCAAACUUAACCGAAGGUGAGGAAUACGAAUUCCGCAUCAUUGCCGUGAACAAAGGAGGUCCAAGUGAACCAAGUGAAGCCUCUAUACCGGUUAUUGCCAAGCCCAGAUUCCAAGCGCCAACAUUUAACAAAAACUUGCUUGAAGAUAUUACCGUUAAAGCUGGCCAACGCUUUGGAUGGACUAUUCCAAUUGAGGCUUCACCAAAACCAACAGCUAAAUGGAGCGUCAAUGGAAAAGACAUUAGCCCGAGCAAUAGAGUCGAUAUGGCAGUUUACAACAACAAGGUAUCAUUCGAUAUAUCUUCAUCACUUAGAUCUGAUGCCGGCAGAUAUACUUUGACACUUACCAACGAUCUUGGUAGCUUUAGUGCAUCUGCUCAAGUAAAUGUAAUCGACAAACCGGGACCACCACAACGUCCAUUGGAUGUUGGAUGUGUCACUAAAGAAAGCGCAAGAAUAACAUGGAAACCACCAGCGGACGAUGGCGGUUCUCCAAUUCUUCAUUAUAUUGUAGAAAAAAUGGAUGUAUCUCGUGGCACAUGGGCUGACGCCGGUAUGGCCACCAUUACAUCACACGAUAUUACCAGACUUAUUCACAAAAAGGAAUACUUCUUCCGCGUUAAAGCUGUUAACGCUGUUGGCGAAUCCGAGCCUUUGGAAACAGCCAGAAGCAUUAUUGCUAAAAACGAAUUUGAUGAACCAAGUGCACCUGGCAAACCAGCUGUCACAGACUGGGACAAAGACCACGUUGAUUUGGAAUGGACCGCGCCUACAAACGACGGCGGUUCUCCAAUCACUGGUUACGUUAUUCAAAAGAAAGAAAAAGGCAGUCCAUACUGGACAAAUGCAGUUCAUGUACCUGCUAGAAAAACAAGUGCUACCGUACCUGAUUUAACCGAAGGACAAGAAUACGAAUUUAGAGUAAUUGCUACUAACACAGCUGGUCAGAGUGAACCUUCUGAACCAUCUGACCUUGUCACCGCUAAGGCUCGCUUUUUGGCACCUAAAAUUAAGACUCUUCUUAAUGAUAUUCGCAUUAAGGCUGGACUCAUUCUUCACAUUGAUAUUGAUUUCAUUGGCGAACCAACUCCAGAACCAACCUGGACUGUUGGCGGCAAAGACUUGGUACCUAAUGAUCGUACCACAGUAACAUCUAUUGGGUACCAUACAACUAUUCAUACAGUUAACGCUAAACGCAGUGACAGUGGCUUGUACCAUCUUUUGAUCAAGAACAACUCUGGAAUUGAUGAAGGAUCAUUCCAAGUUAUUGUUUUAGAUCGUCCAAACCCUCCAGAGGGACCAUUGGAAUACGAGGAAGUUACAGCUCAAAGUGUAACGCUUUCAUGGAAACCACCCAAGGAUAACGGUGGUAGUGAAAUUACUGGAUACGUCAUCGAAAAGAGAGACUUAACACACGGAGGUGGCUGGGUACCUGCCGUAAACUAUGUAAAUCCAAAAUACAACCAUGCUAUUGUACCAAGGUUAAUUGAAGGUACGAAAUAUGAAUUUAGAGUAAUGGCUGAAAAUCUGCAAGGAAGAUCUGAUCCACUUGAUACAUCUAAACCAGUGGUUGCUAAGAACCAAUAUGAUGUUCCUGGCAAACCUGGUAAACCAGAACUUGUUGACAGCGACAAAGACCACAUUAAGAUUAAAUGGUCAGCACCAAUCAGUAACGGCGGGUCGCCAAUUGUUGGUUACGACAUCGAAAGACGUGACCGUGCCACUGGAAGAUGGGUGAAACUUAACAAAGAACCCACCAAAAAUCUCGAAUAUUACGAUGACCGUGUACAGGAAGGUCACCAAUACGAAUACAGAGUAUCUGCUGUCAAUGCUGCUGGACCUGGUAAACCAAGUGACGCCUCUAAUGUCUUUAUUGCUAAACCAAUGAAAGAAAAACCAAAAUUAUGGCUUGAUGGCUUGAUUGGACGUAAAAUUAAAGUACGUGCUGGAGAACCUAUUAAUAUUGACAUUCCAUUAACUGGGGCUCCAACACCUAAAGUUGAAUGGCUUAAGAACAAGAUCAAUGUUCCUGAAUCUAACAGAGUAUAUAGCGAAACUACAAGCGAACAUACCAGAUUCCGCGUAGAAGUUUCAAAUAGGGAUGAUUCUGGAAUUUACACCGUUCGUGCCAAGAACGAAUAUGGCGCUGAUGAAGCUGACAUUGAAGUAACUGUAGUCGACAAACCUGGACCACCAAAGGGACCAUUGCAAUACACUGAAACAACUCAAGACACAGUAUCGCUAUCAUGGAACCCACCUAGUGAUGAUGGUGGUGGCGAAAUCACUGGAUAUAUCGUCGAAGUAAGUGAAUUUGGAACAGAUAUGUGGCGCCCAUGCCCUGGAUACUGUCCAAGAACAUCCUUCACUGCUCGUGGAUUGCAAGAAGGAAAGAAAUACAACUUCCGCGUGCGCGCUGAAAACAUCUAUGGUGUAUCUGAACCACUUGAAGGUAAACCAGUUGUUGCCAAGAGUCCAUUCGAUCCACCAGGCGCGCCAAGCCAACCAGAUGUUACUGGUUACACUCCAUCAUCUUGCUCGCUUAAAUGGAACCCACCAACUUCAACUGGUGGCAAGCCAAUUACUGGAUAUAUUGUUGAGAAACGCGAACGUGGAGGUGACUGGGUUAAGGUUAACAACUACCCGACACCAAACACUCAGUACACUGUACAAGACCUUAGAGAAGGAAACAAAUACGAAUUCCGUGUCAUUGCUGUUAAUGAAGCUGGACCUGGUACACCAAGCAAACCUACCGAACCAAUUGUUGCUGGACACCAAAGAUUUAAACCAAAUACUCCUGAACCACCGAAGGCUGACAGAAUUACCAAAGACAGUGUUACUCUUUCGUGGAGACCACCAAGAAGCGAUGGAGGAUCCAAACUUAAGGGAUAUAUUCUACAGAAACGUCCGAAGGGCUCUGAUGACUGGACUGACGUUAACAGUGUGCCCAUCACUGAUACAGUUUACACUGUUCCGAAAUUGAAGGAAGGCGAAGAAUACCAAUUCAGACUUAUUGCCGUUAACGAUGUAGGCAAAUCUGAUCCUAGCAGACCAAGCAAUCCAAUCGUUAUUGAAGAACAAGCAAACAAACCAAAGAUGGACUUGGGAGGUGUACGUGACAUUACAGUCAGAGCUGGUGAAGAUUUUAGCAUUCACGUACCAUACGUUGGAUUCCCCAAACCAACAGCAUCUUGGUUUGCUAACGAUAAGCUUCUUGACGAAUCUGAUAGCAGAAUUUUCCCACAACUGGCUGAUGAUUACGCAAGCAUCAUCGUGAAGAACUCCAAACGCACUGACAGUGGUCAAUACAGACUUCAAUUGAAGAACCCAUCAGGUUUCGAUACCGCUACCAUAAAUGUUCGGGUACUUGAUAGACCUGGAAAACCAGAAAACCUGAGAGCUGACGAAUUUGCCGGUGACGCCCUUACUUUGUACUGGCAACCACCCAAGGACAACGGUGGUGCCGAUAUUACCAACUACAUUAUUGAAAAGAAGGAAGCCAAAUCGAACACAUGGUCCAAGGUUAGCAGUUACGUUACAGUACCAUUUGUACGUAUUCGCAAUUUGACUCUUGGGAAAGAUUAUGAAUUCAGAGUAAUCGCUGAAAAUCAAUAUGGCCAAUCAGAACCAGCUGUAACAUCAGAACCAAUCCGUGCAAGACAUCCAUUCGAUCCUCCAGGCGCUCCAGGAGUUCCAAGAGGCAUUGAAACCUCUGAAGACUCUAUUACGAUCACCUGGGCUAAGCCACGUCACGAUGGUGGAUCGCCAAUCACAGGCUAUGUUGUUGAAAAACGUCUAAUUACAGAAGAUAAAUGGACCAAGGCUUCACAUGCCCUUGUUCCUGAUACCACAUUGAAAUGCAUUAACUUGAUUGAAAAUCACGAAUACGAAUUUAGAGUAGCCGCUCUAAAUGCUGCUGGACAAGGUCCAUGGAGCUCAGCGUCUGACGCCAUUUGCGCUAGAGCUGCUCCACACGCUCCUAAGAUUACAUCAGAUUUGAGCAUUAGAGAUAUGGUGGUGAUUGCCGGUGAAGAGUUUAAGAUCACUGUGCCUUACACAGCUACACCUAAACCAAAGGAAACAUGGUCCAUCAAUGGCGAAGAAGUCACAUCAGGUGACAGAAUCAAGAUGGAAACCACCGAUAUUGCUUCAAUUUACUUGAACAAAAAGGCUAAACGUUCAGAUACCGGAAGCUACACAAUCAAGCUUACUAACACCGUUGGAUCAGAUUCUGCUACAUGCAGAGUACUUGUUGUUGACAAACCACAACCACCACAGGGUCCACUUGACAUUUCUGACGUUACUCCAGAUAACUGCUCAUUGGCAUGGAGGGCACCACUUGACGAUGGUGGUUCGCCAAUCACAAACUACAUCGUAGAAAAAUUGGACACCAACGGAAUUUGGACCAAAUGCAGCAGUUUUGUUCGCAAUACUCAUUACGAUGUAAUGAGCUUAGAACCCAACAGGAAAUACAGCUUCAGAAUCCGUGCUGAAAACCAAUACGGUAUCAGUGAGCCUCUGGAAAGCAGCGACCCGGUUGUUGCUAAAUAUCCAUUCACUGUACCUGACGCACCAGGCGCACCACGCGUCACUGACUGGGAUUCAAGCACUAUCUAUUUGUCUUGGGACAGACCAAACAAUGAUGGCGGCUCCAGAAUUCAAGGUUACAAACUUGAAUACCGCGAUGUUGCUCACGAUGCUCACUGGAUAAGCGCUAGUGACUAUCUUGUCAAGGAGACUCACUUUGAUUUGUACAAUAUGAUUACCGGUCAAGAAUACGAAUUCAGAGUGCGUGCUAAGAACGCUGCUGGAUUUAGCAAACCAUCAGCCUCUUCAAGCAUAUUUAAACUUAAAGGAAAAUUCAAUGUUCCUACACCACCACAAAAUCCAAAGGUUGUCAAGGUUGGUAAAGGUUACGUCGACCUUACCUGGGAACCACCAACUAACGAUGGGGGAUCCCGAAUCACUGGAUACAUUAUCGAAAAGAGAGAAAUCGGAAGUCCAUUGUGGACUAAAUGCAAUGACUAUAACGUAUUGGACACCAACUACACGUCCCUUAACCUUACCGAUGGAUCUGACUACGAAUUCAGAAUUUACGCUAUUAACUCUGCAGGCAAAAGUGACGCCAGCAACUGCACUACACCUGUUAGAAUCUGCGAAGUUCUUGGAGGACAGAAACCAGAAUGGAUUCGUCCUCUUAACAACACAGCAGCUCCUCUUGGCAAAACCGGAACAUUGGAAUGCGAAGCUUACGGUAAACCAGAACCAACCUUCCGCUGGUUGAGAAUGGGACGUGAAAUUAAUAUGGGAGGCAGAUUCCAAAUGGAAUCCAAAGGAGGUAUUGCCAGGUUACACAUCAAUGACCUUCUUGACAUCGAUGAUGGAGACUACACAUGCGAAGCUAGCAACACUCUUGGAUCUAUUACCACUACUGCUAGACUUAAGAUUGGAACACCACCAAGGAUCGACCGCCUUCCUGGAGACUUAUACUUACCAGAGGGUGAUAACACCAAGAUUAAGAUUUAUUACACUGGUGAUCAACCACUUGACGUCACUCUCAGUCGCAAUGGCAGACAAAUCGAAGAAUCCGGACAUCUUAAAUUCACAGUAUUCGACGAUUAUAUCAUUAUCUUUAUCAGAGGAAUCCAAAAGGAUGACGCAGGCCAAUACAAUCUUACUGUCAAAAAUGACAGCGGAAGUGCCAGUGGAAGCUUUGAUGUAUUCAUCACUGGUUUACCUGGACCACCAAACGGACCUUUGGACACCACCGACAUUACCAAACAUACAUGCACACUCAGCUGGAAACCACCAAGCUACGAUGGUGGCAUGCGUGUAACGCACUACGUUGUUGAAAGGAAGGACGUAACUGGACAACACUGGAUAACAGUGUCCAGUUCUUGCAAAGAUACCACUUUCACCGUGCAAGGAUUGACAGAAGGCCAAGAAUACCUAUUCAGAAUUAUGGCUGUAAAUGACAACGGUAUGGGACCACCACUACAAGGCGUUAAUCCAAUUAAGGCCAAGGCUCCAUUUGAUCCACCAUCACCACCUGGCAUACCUAAAGUCACUCAAGUUGGAGGAGACUUCGUUAAUCUCGAAUGGACCAAACCCGAAAACGAUGGAGGCGCACGCGUACAAGGUUACUGGGUUGACAAACGCGAAGUCGGAAGCUUGGCUUGGCAACGCGUCAAUAUUUCUCUUUGUCUACCAACUCAAAUUAACAUCUCCAAUCUCAUUGAGGGACGUCAAUACGAAUUUAGAGUUUUUGCACAAAACGUUGCUGGUAUUUCUGAACCAUCUUCCAACUCUACUUCUGUUGUUGUUAAGGAUCCACUUGCUGCAACUCCACCAGAAAUUAUUAAACCACUUAAGAACGCCCAAUGCAUUCAAAAUCACAACGCCAAAUUCGAAUGUACCAUUACUGGUGUACCAGCACCUACCAUUACAUGGUAUAAGGGCGCUAGAGAAAUUACCAAUGGGUCAAGAUAUCAUAUUUACAGUGAAGGUGAUGUACAUCAUCUCGUUAUUCACGAUAUUUUCGGUGAAGAUGCUGACGAAUACGUCUGCAGAGCUGUUAACAAGGGAGGUAUCAAAUCUACCCGCGCGGAACUUUUGAUAAUGACUGCACCUAAACUUAACAUUCCACCACGAUUCCGUGAUUCCGCAUACUUCGAUAAGGGUGAAAAUGUUGUUAUUAAAAUUCCAUUCACUGGUUUCCCAAGACCAAAGAUCACAUGGGUAAGGGAAGGUGAAGUUAUCGAAUCUGGUGGUCAUUAUCACGUCGAAGUUAAGGAUAGACAUGCUAUCUUAACAAUCAGAGAUGCAAGCAAGUUGGACAGUGGACCUUACAGAAUCACUGCUGAAAAUGAACUUGGACAAGAUACCGCUAUUGUUAAGAUUCAAAUCGCUGACAGACCAGAUCCGCCAAGAUUCCCAGCUGUAGACAACAUUGGCACAGACUCGUUGGCUGUAUCAUGGAAAGCACCAGUUUGGGACGGCGGUAGUAACAUAACCAACUAUUUGGUUGAAAGACGCGAGCAUCCAUUGUCCACCUGGAUUAGAGUAGGAAACACUAGAAUGACGUCCAUGGCUGUAAGCGGGUUGACUCCAGGUCACCAAUACGAAUUCAGAAUAUAUGCCGAAAAUAUCUACGGCCGCUCUGACGCAUCAGAAGUAAGCACGCUUAUUACAAUGAAAGAUACCGGAAAGAAGGUCGUACAAAAGAGGAAAUACGAAGUUGACGAAAAUGGCAAGAAGAUCCGUGAAUCGCACAAAGAGCCAGUUAAGGAUUACGACCAAUAUGUAUUCGACAUUUACUCCAAAUACGUGCCACAACCAGUUGAAAUUAAAAAUAGAAGCGUCUAUGAUGACUAUGAUAUUCUUGAAGAAAUUGGCACAGGAGCUUUCGGCGUUGUUCACCGUUGCCGCGAACGCAAGACCGGUAACAUCUUCGCCGCCAAAUUUAUUCCAGUAUCUCACGCAAUGGAGAAAGAACUUAUUCGUAAAGAAAUUGAUAUCAUGAACCAAUUGCAUCACAACAAACUUAUUAACUUGCACGACGCAUUUGAAGAUGACGACGAAAUGGUUCUAAUUUACGAAUUCUUAUCGGGAGGUGAAUUGUUCGAACGCAUUACAGCUGAAGGAUACCAGAUGUCUGAAGCUGAAGUAAUCAACUACAUGAGACAGAUUUGCGAAGCUAUUAAGCACAUGCACGAGAAGAACAUUAUCCAUCUUGACAUUAAACCAGAAAAUAUCAUGUGCCAGACACGUAAGGGUACAAAUAUUAAACUUAUUGACUUUGGAUUAGCCACCAAAUUAGAUCCUAAUGAAGUUGUUAAGAUCUCAACUGGAACAGCCGAAUUCGCUGCUCCUGAAAUAGUAGAAAGAGAACCAGUCGGUUUCUAUACAGACAUGUGGGCUGUUGGUGUCUUAGCCUACGUGUUGUUGAGUGGUUUGUCACCAUUUGCUGGAGAAAACGAUAUUGAAACAUUGAAAAAUGUUAAGGCUUGUGAUUGGGACUUUGACGAGGAAGCAUUUACUAAUGUUUCUGAAGAAGGAAAAGACUUUAUCCGUAGACUUUUACUUAAGACCAAAGACAAACGUAUGACAGCUCAAGAGUGCUUGUUGCACGCUUGGCUCAGCGGAGACCACAGCUCAAGAACCAAGGAAAUUGACCAAUCGAAAUACCUUCGAAUGCGUGACAAGAUUCGCUCUAAAUACGAAAACUGGGAUUCAUAUGCUCUUCCACUUGGCAGAUUGUCUGAAUAUUCUUCACUACGUAAAUUGUUGAUUGAGAAAUACAGGAUUCACGACACAUUCUUUGAUCGCAGACAAGCUGCUCCAAGAUUUGUCAUCAAACCACAAAGUGCAUUCUGCUACGAAGGUCAAAGUGUUAAAUUCUAUUGCAGAGUUAUUGGCUGUGCUCCACCAACUCUUAGCUGGUAUCACAAUAACAGUGAGCUCAGGCAGAGUGUUAAAUUUAUGAAGAGAUAUGUUGGUGACGAUUACUACUUUGUCAUUAACAGAGCCAAAUUGCAAGACAGAGGAGAAUAUAUCAUCAGAGCCGAAAACCACUAUGGAUCAAGAGAGGAAGUAGUAUUCCUGAAUGUCCAACCAUUGCCAAGAGUUGUGCCAGAAUACAAACCGGAAGCGCAAGUCAUUAGAAGACGUGAACCAUUACCAUACACCUUCUGGCAGGAAGAACAAGAAUGCGCACCAAGCUUCACAUUCUUGCUUAGACCUCGUGUCAUGCAAGAGCGUGAUACUUGCAAAUUGUUGUGUUGUCUUAGCGGCAAACCAUUCCCGACAGUAAAAUGGUACAAGGACAAACGCGAGCUCAGCAAAUACGAAUACUCAAUGUCUCAUUCAGAUGGUGUGGUGACCAUGGAAAUUGUUGGAUGUCGCCCAUCUGAUUCCGGAAAAUACACAUGCGUCGCCACAAAUCCACAUGGACAAGACGAGACAUCUUGCGUGGUGAUCGUUGAAGGAGCAUCAAGCACUGAAGAACAAACACAAAUGGCACAGAAACUUUUAUACUCUGGCGAUAGGAAAUACAUCGAACAACCUAUUAAGCCAGCACCGAUUCCAGUAACAAUUAAAAAGCCAGUUCCAGUUUCAGCUCCUGCUCCAGUAUCAAAUCCUGCACCACAAAGACCAACGACGUUGGCGCACUCUGGUAGCAACUUGAGUGUCGGUGAAGGUUCACCACGAUCCCCAAGAAAGUACGGUAGGUUAGACUCUACCGGAAGCCCGAAUAGAUCUAGAAGCGCCACUAAAGAACUAGCACUCCCAGCCGAUGAUUCGACAAUGUGUGCACCAACUUUUACCAAAACACUAGCAGAUUUGACAAUCAAUGACGGUGACAGUCUUACACUCACAGCACAUGUUAAAGGUGAUCCAGAUCCACAAAUUGUUUGGACCAAGAAUGGCAAGCCAUUGAGUUCAUCCGAAGUAGUGGACUUGAAAUACAAAAACGGUAUUGCAAAAUUACACAUAAACGAAGUAUAUCCAGAAGAUGAAGGCGAAUACGUUUGCAAGGCAACCAAUUCUAUUGGCAACGCCGAAACAAAAUGCAAACUUUCAGUUAAGCCCAUGAGUAAUGCUACAAAUGGCAAAAAGAAGGGAUCAGAAGACAAGCCACCAAGGAUAGUAAGUCACUUGCAGUCGGCGUUUGUAAAGGACGGCGAGCCUGUCACUUUAUCUUGCCGUAUUAUCGGAGCUGACAAAUUCGAUGUUGUAUGGCUGCACAACAACAAAGAAAUCAAACCAAGCAAAGACUUCCAGUACACAAACGAAGCAAACAUUUACAAAUUGAUCAUCGCCGAGAUUUUCCCUGAAGAUUCGGGAGCAUACACGUGCGAAGCGUUCAACGACGCCGGCGAAAGCUUUAGUAGUUGCACCUUAAACGUUAUUGUGGCCGGCGAGCAACCAAAGAGCCCUGUGUUCAAAACAUUCCCGGUUUCCGCCACGGUAUCCGAAGGGGAAUCCGCCACAUUCGAAGCAGAAACAGAAGAUAAUCCCUUACAAAUAAAUUGGCUUAAGGAUGGAAAAGCAAUUAAGGAAACCAGCGCCAAAUACAAGUUCACCGCUGACGGGAAACGUUAUACCUUGGAAAUCGUAUCAUGUGACUCGAAUGAUGUCGGUCAAUACCAAGCCAAAGCGAUUGGAAAGAAGGGAGAGACGUUCGCAGCGUUCUCCCUCAACGUUGUGCCAUCAGGCGAGCUCUAAAGCUCUAGCAUUGACUAAUCUUUGACUCGUUGAUCUAAACGCUCACAAACGAUCGACUACGACUUGCUCCUAACUUGUACUUAUGUAUCAUAUGUUAAUGUUUAAUGUAUUUAUAAGUGUUUUUUAUCAAGCGGCCUCUAACAACAAGUGCUCGGCAUAAGGAAAUUAGCUGUUCCGUCUACAGCAUCCUCAACUUACCAUCUACCGUGUAGACGGAACAAUUGAUAACUUAUGCACAAUCACUUUAACUUUCGUUACAAUCGAAUAAACGAACGCCCCUUGCCGCUCAUUUAUUCAUUCAUUUAUUUUUUAUUUCAUUUUCAUUUCGCGAUUUUGGAGCAGAAAUGUCGAAAUUAGUUUAAAAGUAUGAAAAGAGAUUAUUUUAUUUAGUGUGAAAGUGCUUAAGCCAUCUUUUCAUUAUGCCAUCUUUGUUCACUAUUUAAGUAUUCGUAAUGCAUUAUAGCUUUUGCAAAGCCGUACGAAAUUGUAUCAUACUAUGUAAAAAUAAAAAAUAUAUAAUUUUUAAUAAAAAAAAA